ACCGGAAGAGCGCUCAUCGUUUUGGCGUUUCCUCGUCCACAUCAGUGAAGUCUCGCCGAUAUAUAAACAAACAAACAUCAGACAGGUGUGUUUCAUCAUGACUCACUGGUUCCACAGAAACCCUUUAAAAGCCACAGCGCCCGCAUCCUUCAAUCUGUAUGGGGUGGCGUCCAGCCCGUCUGCCAAUAAGAUCUGCAAUGACUUGAGAACAGCUCGGGUGAGACUGAUCGACACGUUCACAGACUCCACGUGCACCCCAGAGAUUAUGAAGAAAGUCAGUGACGAUUAUUUCUCUCUCUUACAGGGCUUUAUUCUGCCACUGGACGGCACCACACAAGAGAGCAAACUUCGCUUCAUUCACAACUUCAAAUGGACGGACACUUUACAGGGAAACAUCGGCAGUGCCCAGCAGGACGCAGUGUUUGAGUUGGUGUCCAUGGCCUUUAAUGUGGCCAUCUGGUACACCAAGUUCGCCUCACGACUGUCUGGAAAAGAGAACGUCACAGAGGAUGAGGCCAAAGAAGUUCACAGGAGUUUGAAAAUCGCCGCCGGUACAUUUAAAACCCUUAAGGAGUCUCAUAUUCCUCGUCUCAUCACUCCAGCAGAGAAGGGUCGGGAUCUGGAGGCCAGAGUCAUUGACACGUACAUCAUUCAGAGUCAAGCAGAAGCACAGGAGGUGACUAUAGCCAGAGCCAUCGAGCUGAAGCACAACGCCGCUCUCAUAGCAGCGCUGGCCUACGAGACCGCUAACUUCUACCAAAAGGCGGAUCACACUUUGAACACGCUGGAUCCUGAGUGCAGCGCUAAAUGGAGGAAAUACCUGCAGCUCAAACAGGAUUUCUACAUGGCCUAUGCGCACUGCUAUCAUGGACAGACUCUUCUGGCUGCUGAUAAAUGUGGAGAGGCCAUCCGAUCCCUGCAGGAGGCUGAGAAAUAUUAUUCCCGAGCAGAAGCGUUGUGUAAGGAAUACCGUCAGACGAAGGGUCCAGGCAGCACAGCCAAACCCUCAGAGCAGCUUUUCUUCCUGAAGCUGGGAGCUCUGAUCAAAAACACCCUGGAGAAAUGCCAGAGAGAAAACGGCUUCAUUUACUUUCAUAAAGUUCCCGCAGAAGCUCCGGCUCUGGAGUUAAAGGCCAGUUAUGGUUUGGCUGAACCGACUCCAUUUGAACUCCCGGCACUGAGCGCUCAGUGUACACCUGAAGUCUACGCCACCUUUGACCUCACCAAAGGACCUAAAGACGACAAGGCUAAAGCCAAACAUGAUGAGGAGAUAAAACCAGUGAAAGAGCCGGAUGUCAAACCACAGAAAGACACGGGCUGUGUGAUCUCCUAAACUUCAACACGUGCAUGUAUAAGAGAUGUCGAGGGAAGUCUGAUCCCUUUGUAUUUACAAUAAUCGUCAGUACAGUUACUCUGUCCUAGCGUAAUUCUACUUAAAUCCAUAAAAAUAUAAAUAUAUAGUUAGUCUCUGUUCAAUAAAAGUAAUCACUAAUCAGAUCGCGAUAAUCCUGAAUUAAUUGAUUUACACUUUCUGUGGCAUAAUACAGAUCAUAUUUAGGUUUUUUGUUUAUUACCAUAAGUGUAAAUGAACUACGUUAAUGUCAUUUUUGUAGAGAUGUCCAUAAAGCAACGUUUGAUGGCAUUGAAAGCCAAUAUUAAAACUAUUAUGAUCCGAACCAAACAAAGAUAAACAAAUGUCGUUACAUGUUGAAUCUAACAAAGACAUUUCCUGGAAAGUCCUGUGAGACGCCAAUGAAAAUGAUUCUUCUGUUGACUUUUUGUGAGCCGGACAACCUUAUAGACAUUCACACGUAGAAUUCAAGUAGUUUUUAUCAAAAUACAGCAACAGAUAAUGCAUCAUGUCAUUCUCUUUUGAAAAUACUAUGUAAUUGUAUUAUAAUAUGGUGGCAUAGGAAAUAAGAUUAUUGUGUUUGGAGGAGCUCAUGAGAAUAAUCCAAGAUCAGACUCCUGAGAUGCACAGAACACGUCAGUGUUUGACACCUGGUAAUGUUUAGUGAAACACCAACUUAUAAAAUAUUAUCAAAUCAGCUUUUUUUUGUGUAUAUAUUUCAAAUCUUUUUCUUGGAACAUUGAAGGAUUGUUAUGAUGGUUGUGCUGUAAAUACUUAAGAAGUUUUUUGUCGUAUAGACUUAAUAAUAGUCGUUCAUUAUUUUCACGUUAGAGACGACAGUAAAGAAGAACAGAGACAAAAGUAAUGAUGCUGAAUGUAAAUGCUUGAAUGAUAAAAUUCUAUUAGAUUUACAACAUUUUAUAACAGUUAAUGCUCGUCAUUGGUGAUUUCAGCCCCUGCUGUAAUUCAGACACUACAUCUGUUUGUUUUGAAAUAACGUAUUAAAUAUACACAUUAUAUUUUACAUUGUGUAGUUUUGUAAAUCUGUAUAUCUUAGCUCGGACACUUGACGGAGGAUUCUGCAUAUUUAUUUCUCACACUUCUGUAGACAGCAAGACUUUAUUCAGCUGUCUAAAAUGGCACUCCAGGAUUUUUUUUUUUAAUUCAUUCGUUUUUUCCUCUUAUCACGGCUGUAUGGAUGUGUAUAUGAAAUAUACUCACACGCUAUGACCUUAAUCUGUAGUUUACUGUCACAUUUACAUUUUUCUGAUUAAAACGCUUGUCAACACUG